GACGGUGACGACCUCCCCACGAGAACAUGCCUCUCGCAAAGGAUCUCCUUCAUCCCUCUCCAGAAGAGGAGAAGAGGAAACACAAGAAGAAGCGCCUGGUGCAGAGCCCCAAUUCCUAUUUCAUGGAUGUGAAAUGCCCAGGAUGCUAUAAAAUCACCACCGUCUUUAGCCAUGCACAAACAGUAGUUUUGUGUGUUGGCUGCUCUACCGUACUCUGCCAGCCUACAGGAGGAAAAGCAAGGCUUACAGAAGGGUGCUCCUUCAGACGGAAGCAGCACUAAAAGCCCCUGGAAUCAAGAUGAAUGGGAAACCAUCCCAAUAAACACAUUUUGGAUAAAAAAAAAAAAAAAAA